UUUCACCUACAACCCCACUGUGACAGAAAAAAUGGCUGCCUCCUUUCAAGGGAUCGCGAAGGCUCUGUGUCGUCUCUCGCCUUACCUUUUACAUUCACGACAGUAUCAGUUGUGUCUGCACAGGCUGCCUGUGGGACCUUGCCGGGGUCUCUCUCCAUUUGUACCUCCAAGUCAGUUGUUCUGCAAAGCAGCAUCGCUUCAGGAUGAGAAUACUGCUCAGGCUGCUGAGACUCUCCUCCGCUACAAGGACCGACCUUGGGAUUAUUUUGAGAGUGAAGAGUACAUUGAGAGGUAUGGGACCAAUCCAGUGUGGGCAGGCUACAGGAGGAACCACAAAGGUGGCAUUCCCCCACAGAAGACACGCAAGACUUGCAUCAGAGGAGACAAGAUAUGUGGAAACCCCUGUCCAGUUUGUCGGGAUCCAAACGUUAUAAUUCACCAUCAGAAUGUGAAGUUGUUGCAGCAGUUCAUUAGUCCCCACACUGGAAUGGUGUAUGAUCCCACUCGAACCGGUGUGUGUAUGAAACAGCAGAAGAAGCUACAUGAGGCAAUCAACACAGCAAGAGAUCAGGGCUUUCUUCCCUUUCAGAUUCCAUAUGUGGAAUUUUCAGGAGAGGACUACUCCAAUUCUCAUGAUGCAGUGGGGUCCACACCACCUCCCCAGUUGUUGACCUCUGGUGAAACCUGGUAUAAGUGGUACAGUGAAAUAACACCUGAUGAGACUGAAGUGGCUAAAGUGAAGAAGACAUACAAGGCUUACUUAAAGUGCUGAGGACUACAGAACCAGUCCAGUUGAUGCCGUAAAUGUAGUUACUUUGGUUUGCUCAACACAUGUACGUUUAUCGGACCAUGUGAAUUUACACAUGGUUUGCAAAUACAAAUUGCGCAAUAAAAAAAACAAUGAAAAAUUGA